GGCAUUCUUGGGGGUAAUCACUUGGCAUUUCAUCAGGAUGAGGUCUGUGGCAGAAGCCUCAUCACCCAGUUCAGGAAUUCAGGGCUGGGAAAAUUGAGCCGAGUCAUCCCAUCUGGCUGCUCCCCCGGGAGCAAUAGCUCUCCGCGCCGUCCAGGACCUGCGCUCCGGCCACUCCCUCCGCAUUUCACCACGUGACCGCCGCAGUUCCAUGGACCAAUCACAGACAGGAGUGCUGGGCCAGCCCCUUUCCAUCUCCACCGCCCAGCCCAAGAAGAAAAGGACAUCAGUGAUGUCUUUCUUUUCCAAGGUGUCUUGGAAGCUGAGGCUCCAGAAGCAGGAGCCUCCGAAGAAUGUGUUUUUCAUCUUGGCAGAGAAAGCCCGGGAUCCCAGUGUUAAAAAGCGUCACAUGGCAAUGAGAGGCCUGGGAACCAUGGCCAAUGAGACCCCGGACAAGGUGAAAAAGUAUAAGAAGAUUGUCCUAGACCUGCUGGUGCAAGGACUGUAUGACCCCGUGAGCUCUGAAGUCAUCUACGAGAGCAUGAAGGCCCUGACCAUCAUCCUGGGCAAGAUCCAGGGGAAAGGCUUGGGCUCCUUCUUCAUAGACAUCACCCUUCAGACCAGGACUUUGCUAGAUGACGAGAAUGACAGCCUGAGAUAUUCGGCCUUUGUCUUGUUUGGGCAACUGGCUGCCUUUGCUGGGCGGAAAUGGAAGAGAUUUUUCACCUGUCAGGUGACGCAGACUCAAGAUUCCCUCCUGACCCACUUACAGGACUGGAAUCCCCAGGUUGCCAAGGCUUGCAAAACAACGUUUCGAGCCUGUUCUCCGUAUCUGAGACAAAGGAAGGAAAACAGCUUCCAGAGUGAAGAGGAGCAAAGGAACCCUAAACUCUGCCGGCAGCUGAGCCACUACCAUCCAGAGCUCCUGCAGUUCUUCUAUGCAAAUAAAAUCCUGUAAACACAGAGCAGCAGGGAAAUGGUUCCAGUGAACACAUUGCUAGGGGCUGAUAUUCCCCCUCUUUUAACUCUUCGGACGCUUCUGCUGCCUCUGGUCAUUGUGCUAGAAAAGGGGAUGUUGGGAGAGCAAUUGGUGGCAAAAAUAAUACCGUGGGAUUGCAUAAUUACAUCCGAAGUAAAUUCUAAGUAGCUUUUAUAUGUCUCAUUUUCUCCCCAUGCAAAUUUAAUGAGAAGGUGCAUACUUUCUUUAAAACAUUUAAAGUAGAUGUAGAUUUAGUGCUUA